UGUGACGUCACAAGCUUAUAUUUCCAUUUAGUCGAGACAAAAUGGAGUGAACAGAUUUCCCAGUUUUUUUUAUGCUUUCCGCUUGUUAGCGAACUGAAGAUCUGCGCUUGAAGUCCUCCGGCGUCUCCGCGUAAGAUCGCAAAAGAAUCAUCGACCAGUAUGUUGGAGAAUUUCUUUAAGGGAGAAGUGCCGAGUAUUUUUGAAACAACGAUAAAGCGAGAGAAAGGUUCGCGAUCGGAGGACAACUCACCAACUUCGAGAUUAAAGAAUUACAGGAACGAAGAGGAAUUUCUGCGAAGCGUUAAAGCAACAAUAUGUUAUUGUGGUUCCUUCUGGACUUUUGGAAUGGCUGCUGCUGUUAUUGGGCCGACAUUACUCGAAUUGGGCUGUGUUACUAACCGGCCGCUAAAUGUGAUGAGCUGGGUAUUCUUUUCGCAAGCUUUAAGCGCUCUAUUUGGUUCAAGCAUAGGAGGAUUCUUAGCCGACAGGUACGACUGUAAUAUCAUACUGCUGUAUUGCGUGACGUCUGUAGCAAUCUAUCUUGCCGUAAUCCCAGUGUGUCACGUGUUUGGCGUGAUGUUGGCGUUUUUCGCCCUGUUGGGGGUCCACAUGGGAGUGAUUGAUACCGUAUCGAAUAGUGUCCUCAUCAAGAUUCACGGGAAAAAGGUGGCGCCGAGAUUGCAGUCUCUUCAUUUCUUUUACGGCCUGGGGGCACUGGUCAGCCCUGUCAUCGCAGAGCCAUUUCUGCGGAGCGCAUGCUCGGAUGGACAUUUCAAGACUAACAUCUUUGGUUGGACGCUGGAGAAUUCGACCCUGGAAAGAUUGUCAGAGUACAGCGUUGAUGGCUUUCCAGAUAUCGAUGUUAACCUGACAAUUCUAAAUGAGACCAUAUCACAGAUGAUGGGUCCGCGCCACUAUCACACAAAGUCUUUUGUUCAAUACGCCUACUGGCUGGUAGCGCUUCUUCAGAUUCCCGUGCAGUCAGGUUUGUUUUACCUCAUCUACAGGCAGCGAUACCUCAGGCGCUGGUCACCUGAUAUUUUUGCUGGGAGGGUGGUGACUCUUGCCGCUUUGCCUCCUGGGAAUAGCGAUGAAACAGAAAGUGAAGAUCUACCACAAGUGUUGAAACCUACCGCUGACUCCUCUAUUAGAUUAUCAUUCUGUAGUCUUCCUGCCAAAAUUCCGCUGGUAACAAUCCUCGCUGGCCUGUUGUUGUUCCUGUUUGAUGGCUUACAGGGCGCAUAUGGUGGAUAUUUAUACACGUAUGCAGUCAAAAGUGAGGUGCACAUGACUCCAAGUCACGCUGCUUACCUUAAUUCUUUAUUCUGGUGUUCCUUUGCCGCUGGAAGAUUUAUUUCUAUCGUCGUUUCUGUUUUUCUGGUACCGGAUAAAAUGCUUUUUGUUAAUCUGUUUGGAUGCUUUACGGCAAUAUCCUUCAUGUUGUAUCUGCACGAUGUGUCUUUAGCAUUAUGGAUCGGUAGCGGGGCGUUUGGCUUGUUUAUGAGUUCUGUAUUUCCUUCCACUCUGUCUAUGGCUGAACACUACAUUGACGUCACAGGAUCCAUAACUAGCAUCCUAAUUGUUAGUUCUGCAACAGGAGAGAUGGUAUUUCCUUUACUCAUCGGAAAGGCCUUCCCGCGGAAAGGACCACUCUCUUUCCUUGUGAUUGGAUUCUUGGUUUGUACUUUCGCCCUUCUUGUUUUUCUGACUUUGCGCAUGACUGCUAAGGCUCAGAUCAACCAAUCAGUGCAUGAUCUCUAUCGUGUCGCAGUCAAGCGCCUUUGCCGUUGUAACCAGGCCUGUGACGAUUGUGAAUACACCCCUCUGGUUACGUGUGACGAAGAAACUGAAGAGACUGGGAACGAUGAGCUAAUGAGAGGCGAGACAGCACAUAGAGUUGUGGAGCUUCAAAGUUGACCUAUCGUACCUGCGCCGAAUGAGAUAUCUUCUGUUUUAUAUUUCUCCUUCUGAAUUCUUUAGUCCAGUUAAACUAAAGAUAGUUUCAAUGAUUUUGUUCGAAAGGGCUUCUCUCUAUAAGCAUUCCAACAAAAUUUACAGCAAGAACAGUAUGAGUACGAAAUUUGACGGCAAAUUUUCAGAAAAAUAUUGAGAUGACAAGUAUCUCAAAAACAAUCUAUUCAUUGUUUGUCAACAAAAAGGCUGAUAUAAUUAUUCCUGGUGGGGAUAAGCAGGGUGUUUUUUAUAUUUCUCCUUCUGAAUAAUUUAAUCCAGUUAAACAAAAGAUAGUUUCAAUAAUUUUGUUCAAAAGGGCUUCUCUCCAUAAGCACUCCAACAAAAUUUAUAGCAAAAACAUUGUGAGUAAGAAAUUUGAAAUUUUUGUCAGCAAAAAGGCUGGCACAAUUAUUCCUGGUGAGGAGAAGCAGGGUGUUUUUUGUAUUUUCAUCUUCUUUCUGAAAUUAAUAACAAAGUGGUUUUCCUUCAUCCUUUAACAAUCAACAGUCAAAUGCAAACCAAUGAAAAAAGUGGAGAACUAAUUUUUCUUAUCAUCUCCUUAGUGCUGUUGGAAGCAGGGUGAGUUUUUAGCGGUGUUGUCCCUCCAGAAUGCCGUUUUCUGAAAUAUUUUGAAAUUUAUUUUCUUUGGGACAUUUCUUGCAAAAUGGUUGCUUGGGGAAAACGUGUUCAGUGCUCUGAUUAGUUAGCUAUUAUAAAUUGUAAAUAUGUGUCAAAAAUUAUGAGGUGAUUGAUGGAAUCAACAAUAAAAGCGUUUUGAAGUU